AACAGAGGACUUUGAAACGACAGAAUACUCUCUGAGAUUUAAAAGGCUGUGGAGCUUGAGAUAAAUAAUCAUUUAUCUUUCUUAAGAAAUUCCUCUGCUUACAAGUAUCGUGCACAUAGCCACUCACAUAUCCCCAUCCAAAGCCAACUCGAGGGAAAGGACGAGCAGACAUGUACUUCUGGACAGAGCUGUCAGUAGUUUGGGUUCUACUGUUUUUUCUCAUCCCCAUCCCCUCCACUGAGACAGACAAACCCUCCUCCCAAGAAUACGGGAGCCCUGUGCCUCCAGGUCAGCUGGCAGAAGUCCUGCAGGCUCUCUCUGCUGGUAACUACUCGUCCAUCGGCAAUUCAAGAGGCCUUAUCAAAGCCCUGCUGGAGAUGGCUGGGUGUCCACGGAGAGCGAACAGAGUGCAAGAAGAAUGCAAACUGUGUUUGGAACCAGAUGCACUGUUACUCAUCGCUGGGGGAGACUUUGAAGAUCAGCUUGGAGAGGAGGUGGUCCAAAGAGUUUGUCUUCUCCUCCUCUACUACAUUAUUCACCAGGAAGAGAUCUGUUCUGCAAAGCUCAACAUGAGUCAUAGAGAGUACGCAUUUUACCUGCAGAGCCUUCUGAGUCUCAGGCGGGAUGAAGACUCCCAUUUCCUUUCACAGCAUGAAAUAGAAGACAUCUUGGCUUUUACCAGACAGUACUUUGACACACCCAGGAGCCAGUGUAUGGAUGCUGAGAUGUUACAGAGAAGAUCUGGAAUACUGAGCAAUGAUGGUGCUGGUGAAAAGACUCUUCCUCAGCUGGCUGUCACCAUCCUGGCUUUGUCACUCCAAGGGGUUUGUCUGGGGAGAAGUUUGCCUUUGCCAGACUAUUUUACAGAGUAUAUUUUCAGCUUCUUGAAUAGUACCAACACCCUUCACGUAGCAGAACUUGAACAACUCCUCAACACACUGUGGACCAAAAGCAUCUGUGUUAAAGAGGAUAAAAUGCAUCAAUUUCAAAGGACACAAAGCAACAUACCCAUCCAUGACUGGGAGCACGCUGAUCCAUCAGCAUUUACAGACAGAACAUCAGGCGAUCAUCUUCCAGUUGCCUGGGAUCAGACUUGCUUCUCUGCUAGGGAGUUGGUGGAGAUAUUUCUACGGAAUCAGCACUCAACCAUUUCUAAGGAAGACUUUAAGCAGCUGUGCCCAGGAAUCAUCCAGCAAUUACUCAGCUGCUCUUGCCAGCUGCCUAGGGACCAACAAGCAAAGGUUUCCCCCAGCACUUUGGAAAAAUAUGGAUACAGCACAGCGGCUGUGACACUUCUCACCCUGAGCUCCAUGCUUGGCACAGCACUGGUCCUGUUCCACAGCUGCGAGGAGAACUACAGCCUCAUUUUACAGCUGUUCGUGGGCUUGGCUGUUGGGACUCUCUCGGGAGAUGCUCUGUUUCACCUGAUCCCUCAGGUUCUUGGUUUACAUAGGCAGGAAACUUCAGAAUUUGGACAUUUCCAUGAAAACAAAGGUUAUAUUUGGAAGCUACUGGGGUUAAUUGGAGGUAUCCAUGGAUUUUUCUUGAUAGAAAAAUGUUUUAUUCUUCUUGUAUCACCAAAUUCUAAGCAGGGCCAGUCACUGGCAAAUGGACACGUGGGGCACUCCCACCACCUUACACUCAAUCCCGAGUUAAGCAGCCAGUCAAGCAGAGGCAAAUCUACCUCAACUAUCCAGUUGAAAGGCCCAGAAGACUCACAGGCAGCCGAAAUCCCCAUAGACAGUAUGACUUCUUCCAACAGAAAACGCAAAGAUAUUAGCUUGUUAGCCGUGAUGAUACUGGUUGGGGAUAGCUUGCACAAUUUUGCAGAUGGCCUUGUGAUAGGAGCGGCCUUCUCAUCUUCAUCUGAGUCUGGAUUGACCACAACAAUUGCCAUCUUGUGUCAUGAAGUUCCUCAUGAAAUGGGAGACUUUGCAGUGCUCUUAAGCUCUGGACUUUCCAUUAAGACUGCUGUGCUGAUGAACAGCCUCAGUGCUCUCACUGCCUUUGUAGGACUCUACAUUGGCCUCUCAGUGUCCACUGACCCCUGUGUCCAAGAUUGGAUCUUAACAGUGACAGCUGGGAUGUUUUUAUAUUUGGCUUUGGUGGAAAUGCUUCCUGAAAUGACUCAUGUCCAGACACGACAGCCUUGGGUGAUGUUUCUCCUGCAAAAUAUUGGAUUGGUCCUCGGCUGGCUUUCUCUCUUACUAUUGGCUGUAUAUGAACAAAAUAUAAAGAUAUAAGUUGAGAUUCUCAAACUCCUUCAGAAAUGA